AUGGUGAGGAGUGAUCCGUGGCGGACGGAAACGCGCCAUGGGGGUGGCAAUCUGGGAUAUCGCCAGGAGACGGGAGCGUAUCGCUCGCCGGAUGCAAGUUAUCGCCGUCGCGAAGAUCGGAGGCGCGGGCGAGGCUUGGAAGGACUGUUUUCGGGCCGAGAAGGAGACCUCAACGCUGGCGGAGUAGAAGAAAGCGACGCGGCGGACACCUCGCAGGAGUCCGAGCACGGCGAUGCGGCGGAGAACGGCGCCGACGGCCGGAAGGAGGACGUGAGCAAGCAGCGCGACGUGCCUGCAGAAGCAACAAAAGCAGAUCUCGCGCAGGCGAGCGUGGCGGCAGAGACAAGCGCGGUGGAGGCGGACGGAACGAGCGGUGCUCGAAACCCGCCGCGCAACGGAGAGGAGCGUGGCAGCGGGAGGCGUAGCAGCAGCUCGCGCUCUCCAGAUUUGCGUCAGCAAUGCGACGCGGGAGGCGGCGACGGCGUGCGCUCGCCAGAUCACCGGCGCACUUGUGAUGGGGGGCGCGGCGACGGCAUGCGCUCGCCAGAUCCGCGGCGCACUCGUGAUGGGGGACGCGGCGAUGGUGUGCGCUCGCCAGAUCCGCGACGCACUCGUGAUGGGGGAAGCGGCGACGGCGUGCGCUCGCCAGAUCCGCGGCGCACUCGUGAUGGGGGACGCGGCGACGGCGUGCACUCGCCAGAUCCGCGGCGCACUCGUGAUGGGGGACGCGGCGACGGCAUGCGCUCGACAGAUCCGCGGCGCACUCGUGAUGGGGGACGCGGCGAUGGUGUGCGCUCGCCAGAUCCGCGACGCACUCGUGAUGGGGGAAGCGGCGACGGCGUGCGCUCGCCAGAUCCGCGGCGCACACGUGAUGGGGGACGCGGCGACGGCGUGCGCUCGCCAGAUCCGCGGCGCACUCGUGAAGGGGGACGCGGCGACGGCAUGCGCUCGCCAGAUCCGUGGCCGCUGCAUGAGAGGAGACACGGAAGUGGAUACCACUCGCCAGAUUCGAGGCAACACCGGGACAGUGGGCGCGGGGGCAGCACGCACUCACUAGAUCCGCGGAGAAAUCGCGACGGGAGAAGCAGAGGGGAUUCGCGCUCGCCAGAGCCUCGUUACUCGCGUGAUGAGAGACGCGGAGGAGGCAAUCGCUCGCCGGACAUGCAACGGUACCGUGGAGAGAAGUGGGGAGACAAGGCGCACUCGCCCGACUGGCGCCUGCGUCAUGGGGAAAGCCGGGGAGGCGGAUAUCGCUCACCGCAUCGGCAGCAGAGCAGGGAUGGGAGGCGCGGUGGUGGGUCUCGAUCGCCUGGCCGGUAUUGGCAGCACGACGGAAGAUGUGCCGGACAGGGAGGGCGGGAGCAACAUGGCGAUAGAGAAGAAAGCAGUGGGCUGGUGCACAGCCUGGAGCGAGCCAAGGAAGCAAGGGAGGGCCUACAGCGGGCAAAAGGAAGGGGAGCAUCAGGGAGAUCGGUGGGAGGGCCGAGCGAGGCAUGGGGAGAAGGAAGGGGAGGCACGGCCGUGGGCAUGAGGGUGGAGUAG